UUAAAGCCAUUGCUGAUUCCGCGGAUAAAUUUGAAAUCAAUCUUACUUUACAAAGUGCUUUAAGGGAUAUCAAGGAGUUAAAAACUAUCGCUCCUACUGAAAGACAAAAACUAAAUGAUUAUUUUGUAUUUUGUCCUGCCCAAGAAUUAGAAUUAACUUGA